CUCUGCUCCUUCUUGUCGUCCUCUCCACUCCAAGAUUGCCCAGCAUGUCCAACCCUUUCAAAGAGUCCUCCGUCUCCUCGCGCUUCGUAUCCAGCACAGAGCUCACAUCCGCUCAAAAGAAGCGCGAAGAUGACCUCAAAGCCGCCUAUGCUCGCAUCGGCCAGGAGCCACCCCCUUCGGCAGCGGCAGCACAAGAGGAGUACGACCCACGCAGCUUGUACGAACGCCUCAAGGCCAAUUCGGAUGCCAAGCAGGAGAAAUUUGACGAGCAGUGGAAGUUGAGCAAUCAAUUCAGAGGGAUCGAUGAGGGCGAAAGUAGCUUCCUUGCAGACGUCGCUAGGGAGAAGAGGGAGGAGGAGAGACGAAAGAAGGCUGAGGAGGCAAAGGAGCUCGAGGAGUUUAGAAAAGCCACCGAAGCUCAGCAAGCCUCACCACCUCCUCCUACCUUGGCUGGUAGCCCCAGCGCAGUCGCCUCGACGGCCAAGUCUGCUUCUCCGCCAGCACCAACAGCUGCAGCCACCAAGCCAGUGGCAUCCUCGUCAGCGGCUAGCAAGGCCAGCAAGAGGAAGCGCGACGGUAGUGCGCUGGGCAUUGUCAGGAAGAAGAAGAACCCGCAGUCAGAACAGCAGAAGGCUGGAGAGGCCAGCAAGCCUACAGCAGCGGCGACCACCAAGGAUGAGAGCGAGAAGAGUUCGGGUGAUGCGCAGAAGGGAGCCAAGUCAUGA